AUGCAAGCGCUUCAGAGCGCCUUCUCGCUGUGCUGUACCGCACGCCCGCGCCUCGUGCCGAGCUGGUCGGAGCGCGGCGACGAGCGCCUGGAGACAGGCUUAGCUGAAGGCUCAGCCGUGGUGGCACGCUUGCACCAGCCCAAUAGCCCGCCUCAGUUCAUCUAUGGCACCUUGGACUCCAAAAGCCCCUUGAGCAUCACCAGUUGCGAAGGCGCCACCAUCACCAGCGAUGAAGUGCAGUGGGCAGCUGCUGCCAAGGAUGAUGGCUGGCUGGCGCCCUAUGGGAAGGAGUGGCAGGAGCCUGGCCGUAUCCUGUUCAUGAGGCUCCUGAAAGAUGACGAGUGGGUCGCCGCCCGUACAGCAACCCGAGCACCCAGCACACCGGUCGCCGCGAACUAUUUGCCGCUGGAGGGUGUGGAAGGGCUUGAGGGUGUGGAUGUUUGCAAGGAGGUGGGUAUGCUCUUUACGCCCCACGAGGAAUGCCAAGAGGAAUUCAAAGAACUGCAACCCGGAAGGGGUGGUGUCCUGGUCGACCAUCUCGCAAAGGCCUUCGUCCUGGGAAGCAGCAAGUCCCAGCAGAGACUUCGAUGGGUCCAGAAAUGCCGCACGGAAGCGCAGUACCCCAUGCGCUGUAUUUGGGUUCACCCUUUGGUGAAAUCCCUGGGCCUCCGGGAGUUCGUGCGCAGAUGUUGCGCCAAAGCCGAGGCCCAGGAGCCACUGGCGCCGGAAAUCGUGAUGCUGCUGGGACCUCCAGCGGCUGGGAAGAGCAGCAUCCAGCGGCUGCCACCCGAGCAAGUGCCCGAGACUCUGAAAGGUACCGUGCGCUCGCUGAAGUUUCGCGAGGAGGUGAACAACGACAACUUGUGCGAUUGCAUGCCUGGCUUUCGGGCUCAGUUCCAGGUGGCUUUAGGCGUGCCGAAGGAGUCACAGGCUGGCGGCGCGCACUGGCGGAAGAUGAUGAAGGUGGUGCAGCACAAGAACAGCGGUUCUUGGAACUGGGCUGUGCAGGCCCUCACUGGACGAAGUCAGGAGCACAAGAGCGCCAUUGCCUGGGCCAUGCAGUGGUUGACCUACGCGAUGUUCCACCAUGGCCCAGUUCGGGACUCCUUGGCUUGGGAUGUCAUCAAGGUGACCAUCGUUGAAGCCAAGACAUUGCCGGUAUACUACUCCUCUGUGAUGGCCGGUGCUGCCUUGGACCGCACCAUGGAAAUCUUGGAGUUGGCACACAGUCCCAGCAAACCUGUGCCUCACCCGCCCUUGCGUGUGGUGGGCUUUUGGCCCUACGCGAGCCAGGAGGCGCGCCAUGCUCGGCAGCGGAACCGUCAUCGCUCGGAGAAGGAGCAGCAAAGAUUGUUGGGUGGCAACAUUGACUCAAACCUGGUGAAUUUGCAUUUCCACGCGCAACAAGCAGAGUCCAACAUCACCAAGAUGCUGAAGUCCCUUCGCUUGGGCCAACGACCGAGCGAUGGCGAGACCGUCCAGGCUACGGACAUCAAGGUGGACCGCUUCAUCGUCAUCGACAACGACGCCGUGGAGCCGCGGAUCCUCCUGGACUUUACGGAGCAAUGCACACAGCGGAAGCUCCGCUGUGAGCAGGAGGAGGUUGAGGCAUCAAAAAAGUUGCUCCGCUGCAUCGCCGAGCUCCCGCAAUGGGACGAAUUCUGCUGCGCGCUCUUCCGCUGUUUGCAGUUCUUCCUUCCAAAGGACGACGCCGACCUUGCCAAAGUCGCAGGGAAGUCUAGCCAGGAGCCCUUUCAGGAGCCUGAGCAAGUCCUGCCCGUGCUCCAGCAACUAGAUGAAUCCGUGUUCCAGAUCUUGACCAAGGACUCGCCGGCGAUCGGGACCGCCGAGCUGCGGCCCGAGUUCAGCCGGGUGAGGGCGCAGUCAGGCAUGCUGGAAACACUGGGUCGUGAGACCCUGCUGGUUCUCAAGGAACACCUCACUGACUUGCGGAUGAUGUGUGUCAUCAAGGCCUUGAGGGAUGAUCAAGUGGCAGAGGACGGCGAAGAGGAGGAUGAUGCUGACGCUGAGACUUCGCCACACUGA